CUGGUUUAGUAUAAUCUGUAAUCAACUAAGAAAAUGGCUGGUUAAUAACAACUUUUGAUCCAGUAUUUUCGGUCUUAUGAAAAUUUUUAUACCUUUUUGGAAGAAGGACGCGGCCAUGGGAUACUUAAUAAUAAUAAUAUCAUAACCCGCACAUCAUCUCUAACCUACAAUUAAAAACUUCCGAAAUAACGAUUUAAAAGUUGUUAUUGAUCAGUAAUUUCCUCAAAUUGAAUUUAUUAAAAUACGUAUAUAACUAUUUAAAAACUAACCCAAUACAGCGGAAUCAUAGAUCAGUGAUGACGCAGAAUAGAUGGGACAAGUAUAGAUAAUAUAAAAAACGAUUCGGUGCAAAUCUAUAGAUAGUAUUUAAUAUUUAAUAAGGAAUUUUUUAAUAAAAUAAAAAAGUUACCUAGUCAAAAGUCAUUGUUUUUAUGUUCUUCCUUGUAAAUUAUUUGUUUUUAUUCUUUUUUACUAAAUGUGUUAAUUUAAGAAGAAUAAUUUUUUAGUAUUCUACUUCUUAAAUCUAAAGAAUUUAAAUCAAAAUUAAUUAUUUAGUAGAAAUGUCUAAACCUGUUAAAAACAUAAGUUGUGCUGUUUGUUCAAAAUAUAUCAAUAAAAAUUGCACAGUAGCUCUGCAUAAAUUUCCAUCUAAUACUGUAAUGCAAUCAUUAUGGUUAAAGGCUUGUGGUAUAAAUGAAAGAGACUUUUCAAAAAAUACUGUAAUAUGUUCGAUCCACUUUGAAAGAGAUUGUUUUAAGAGUAUUGCUAAGAAAAUUCUUAAAAGUGAUGCUAUUCCUACCAAAUUUAUGAAGCGUACCAAAAUUUUGAUCAGGGAACCAUUAAAUAUAGAGAGCCAACUAUCAAUCAAUAAUAUCAAACAAUUCAUUGAAUCAUCUUCUACACCUAUAGUCUUUCACAAAAUGCUGGAUGAUUGGGAACCAUUUAAGUGGAACAUACAAGACUGGGAAAAUAUAUUUGAAAAUAAUCCAUUAAACUGUAGGAAAGGAAAAAUUACUUGUAGUAGUGAACCUCUUUGGGAAAGGAAAUGUUCUCAAGAAUUUCAUAAAUUCAAUGAUAUACUUAAAACAUCAGAAAAAGUUGAAUCAAGUGGAAGUUGGCUAUAUUUUGAUUAUAAAUAUAUUGGAAAACAAGUUGAUGAUAAAAAUUUUAAGUCAAUAUCUUGGAGAAAAUUUGGAUAUGAAAGUCUAAAUGCAAAAGAUUCGACUUUAUGGAUUGGAAGCACUGGAGCUCAUACACCAUGUCACCAAGAUCUUUAUGGAAUUAAUCUAGUGGCCCAAAUUUAUGGAACAAAGCGUUGGAUUUUAUUACCUCCUGAUAUGGGAAAAUAUUUAUUACCCUCAAGAGUUCCUUAUGAAGAAUCUAGUUGCUAUAGCAAAAUAAAUUUUUCAUGCCCUAAAAUCCUUACAAGUAUAGACGAAAAAUGUAAAUGUAUUUCUGUUGUGCUAUCACCUGGUGAUGUUCUUUAUGUUCCUCAUAAAUGGUGGCACUAUGUGGAAAAUUUAUCUACUGCCAUUAGCAUAAAUAGCUGGAUACCUAUUUCUAAAUAUGACAAUUUAAGUAGAUUAAAUGAGUCCAUUGUUCGUUUCUUAGUUAGUAGUGUAUGUUCAGGUGUAUCUGAAAAUAUUCAAUCUCACUUAUUAAAUCCAAAUGAACUAUUUUCUUCAAAUAUGACAGCUGAAUCUAUGAAAUUUAUUGAACAAAGUUUAAAAACGAUUAAAAAUGAAGAAAGCUCCUCUUUAGAAAACAUGAAGUACAUCAUACCUAGUUCAUCAGAUUACAAGUUUACUGUUUUAAAUGCCAAUCAAUCAAUUAAAAAUUUACAAAUUGAUACAAAACACCAUUGUACUAAUCAUUUACCAAAAACUAUAGAAGUUAAUGAAGAAUCUGAUAUCAAAGAGAUGAUAUUGAAUUCUUUUUGUGAUGAAAAUGUAGUCAGUCAAAUUGCAAUUAAUUUAUUGAAAAAAAAGUAGUCUGAUCAAAAUUAUAGUAAAAUUAUAAACUAUUAUUAAAUAAAAUUUUUAUAUUCGUCAAAACUAAUCAUUAUUUUUUGUUUUUUGUCAGAUUAAUUUAU